AUGCCACCUAAACAUAGUUUGCGCAUUCCUCAAAUCGAUGCUUCAUUGGAUAAGCCAUUGAAUGUUGAUGCUCCACCGACCAUAUAUGGUACUACUUUGAAACCCGAGUUUGCCACUGCUGCUAUUAAUUUGGCUAUUGAUUUCAUUAAACGAAGCCAAUCUAUUGCUAACCAAUAUUUAUUAUUUCAUCCAUUGACUUUAUUUACCAUCUCAUUAUUUUUAGUCACUUACUGGGCAAUUAACUUGGUAUUUCCAACAAAUAUAACUGCUACUUCUGUUAGUGGCUAUCUAUAUCAAUUUGCAGUAGUUAACAAGCAUGCAUUAGGUUCAGGUCUGUUAUUCACUGUCAUUUUAACUUCAUUCGUUUUCACUUUACUUUCAAGAGUAACUGAUACUUAUUUCAAGAGUAAAAUCAAUGAGAUCACAGAAGCCAAUGGUGAAACUGUUUUUGGUGUUAAUUUAAAGAAUUUAAUUGUCAAGGAUUCUGAAGAAGGGAAAUCAAAACAAUUACAAAACACUCAUAUUGUCGUCUACAGAGAAACACCUAUUGCAUUAGUCACAGUGAGUGAAAAUAAAGCAUUAUCCUCUCCAGAAUCGCUGGUCAUUGCUAUUUCUUCUAUUGGUUGUCGUAAAGUCUACACCAAAAGUGGUAUCUUGGAAGAUCUACUUGACUGGACAAUGAUCAGAACAAGAUCAAUUGCCAAAGAAGGAAAUUAUGGAAAUUCUAUGAAGAUUUUAUACGCUGUGUAUUCUUUCGACAAGGACACAAAACAAGUCUUAAAGUCUAAGGGUUUCAAAUUAAUUCAGGCUGUAAAAGUUCAAGAUAAUAGAAUUUUAGGAGGGCUUUUCGGUUUAAAGACUGAAUUAUGGGGUGUCCAAUUCAGAAUUGAACAAGAUAAAUAA